UGUAACCGUAUCCUCCCGUUCGGCUUCCUUGUCCCAAGCUUUCUUCAUCGAUCUCCGGUUACCGGUGCUCUCCAUCGUCGCCGCCGAUCUUCUGCUCCGCUCCGGCACGUCACUAUACAGAAUCAAGAUUCUUAUAAUCUCUUUUUGUUUAUCGCCUUCUUUCUUUCCUUUGGUGUGUUAGAGUGACCUUCAUCUAUGGAUUCUCCGGGGUUGAUGCUUCCUCCGUUUUCGAUCACCGGCUAGAUCUUUCCCUCCCAUUUCACUAUCUGCUUACCGAAGAAGGAGGGUGUGUAGAACAAAACACGGAGGCGAGGAAGGUCGGGUGGAAGAAUAACAGGGGCAAUCAAGGAACCUAUAAAUGCGUAGGAAUGUAAUACGUGAUGUCUAAGAACGAUUCGGCUUUGUCACGCUCCAACGUGGAUAUUUCGCGUUUCGGAGAUGAUACUGGAUCUCAAUGUGGCAUCAUUCACUAAGUCGUUGAUGCAGAAGAAGCUCCUUCAAGAAGGAACUGACGUUAGCCAGAUGGCUGAUUCUGAGUCUUCGAACUCUUCCGUCCUCAACGCCGAAGAUUCCAGCAACAUAUCUGAUGAGGACGAGGCCUCAAUUCGCCCGACCUUUCGGUUUGGUAUCCUCAAGAAUGCCACAGUGUCGGAAGAGGAAGUAGAGGAGAUAAGACUCAUUUCUGAGUCCCGCCUCGUUACUCAUCAGCUUUUUCCGCAACAGCCGCAGGCUAUUUCGGAGUGGCAUCCGUUGUCCAGGCAGGAGGACUUUACUUACUUCCAUGCUGAUGUGCCGGCCGCAGAGGAGGUUACGCUCCUUCAUCCGCAGCAACAGCAGCUUCAGGUUAAGAAAAGCAGGCGGGGGCCGAGAUCCCGCAGCUCCGCUUAUCUGGGAGUCACAUUUUACCGGAGAACAGGGAGAUGGGAGUCUCACAUCUGGGAUUGUGGGAAACAAGUCUAUUUGGGGGGUUUUGAUACUGCACAUGAUGCAGCCCGGGCAUAUGAUCGGGCUGCCGUUAAAUUUCGUGGGCUUGACGCUGACAUUAAUUUCAGCCUUAGUGAUUAUGAGGAGGAUUUGAAGCAGAUGAGAAAUUUGACGAAGGAGGAAUUUGUGCACGUUCUUCGUCGCCAAAGCUCUGGAUUGUCAAGAGGAAGCUCAAAAUACAGCGGGGUUACCCGUCACAAGUUUGGUCGUUGGGAAGCUCGCGUGGGUCAAUUACUCGGCCAGAAGGUGCAUGAUAAAGCUGCUAUAACAUGUAAAGGGAAGGAAGCUGUCGCUAAUUUUCAGCAACACGCUUACGGAGAUCUUCCCAGGGAUGAUGUUGAAGAUUUUGGUCAUGGCAUUGACUUGAAUUUAAGUAUCUCCCAGCCUACCGUCUGUAGUCCAAAAGGAAAUGUUAAUGUAGUGGACCAACUCUUGUACUAUGGCUCAUUUGAGGCUUCUAAUCAUGUCAAGCAAAUGCCAGAAAGAGCAAUGAAAAAGAAGGCUGAGGCAGGGUUAACAGCUCUUAAACGCUGUCCGGCCUGGAAGUUCCAUGGCUUCUCCCCACUGCCUCCUUACACUUGUGCAGCAUCAUCAGGAUUCUCUACCGCUAGCUCCACUAUCGGCAACAGCUACCCUCAGCCGCCACAACAUCCACUUGUGACCACCCCCUAUCUUCUUCAGAUCUGCACUCAGCCUCCAGCCAUAGGCCAUCACCUCCCCAGCUGAGCUCCAACCCAUUGGGCCCACCCAGCUACCUGAUUAUACUCGUGCGAACCAGUACGUGUCUUUAUUUAUCAGCAUUCAAUAGCCUAGUUAUGCUAUGUGCCUGAUUUAGGUAUGUAAAGGCACUUGUAUCUGAACCUGAAAUUUGAUGCUUGGCACUGUCUAUCUUAUAUGAUGUGUAUUAAUGAAGACGCUAUCACGAUGCGUUGGCUUUUGGCAUGGUCCCCGGUGUGCUGCUGUCGUUAUGCUUCGGAGUAUAAGGUUAGAUCUCAUUGUUUUGAAUGUUGUGUGGCCUUUUUGAACCUAACUAGUGUUCCUUCCGUGUUUCUUUUCUGUAUGUGUGCGCUUGUAUUUAUUUAGUGUCGGAAUCUGGUAAAUAAUGAGGCUAUCCAGUGUUUAUAUCAUUUUGGUUGAAGCCCCCUAUACGUUUUCUCCAUUGUAUUUUACAUUGUUUAGAUGUAGUGCCACGCCUUUUGCUACUUCUACUACUUUCAAUGCCUUCAGGCGUCGAAAAUAUUACCUCAUCCAAAGAUGUCCGCAUCCCACAGUUUUUCCCGACCCUUUUUAAAAAAAAUAUGUUUUAGAUAGCUGAAAUGAUGCCCGACCCGAAAUAAUGUGAAUGAAGCGAUAUUGGUAUUGGGAAAAAUUGAAUAAAUGACUGACAUGAUUUAGGAUUUUGGAAAAACAAGUGAGACGGAAAAGAAAAAAAAAAUCUGUUGUGAAGGUGAAGAAGAUGCAGCAUAGGAGGGAGUAAUGAUCGUGUAGAUGGAAAAACAAUAGUGCUACCAGGCAUGAAAUAGAGAGAGCCAAUGUCGCAGAUUUUAAGUCAUCAGUUAUCUUCAAAUUGCAAGGAAUACAUCCAUAAAAAAGGUGCAGUCCUGGACACAUACAUUAUUUCAGGUCGGGUUGGUUCAUCAGCUAUUUAAAACAUGUUCUUUAAAAAGGGCUGGGCAAAAUGUGGGGGUGUGGCACAUAUCUUUUUUUUAUUUAUUUAUUAGAGUCCGGAUGUAAUAUCUUCUCCUAGCAAUAGUGUCUGUGAACACCCCAGGUUGUACUAUUUUG